CCGGUUCUGCUGCUGCUGUGGUGGGGCGGCGCCUGCGCCUUCGCCUUGUGGAGGUACAGGACGCCCGAAGGAACCUACGUUCUCUUCACAACCCGGACCACCGUAUUUUUAGAAUAUGAAGGAGAGUUAUUUCUGAGCUGGAAUAUUCCUGUGGUAUGUACUAUUGCAAAUGAAAGUUCACCUACAACAACGCUGAAGUGUCAAAUUUCUGGAUCUCAUAGACUGGAACCAAUACUUGACACUGAGGAACUGGAGUACUCUGACCGUUUUAUCCCUUUUGCCAAAGAUCUGAAUUGCUUUUUGUGGUAUGUGGUAACAAAUUCUACAUGGAACAGUUCAGUUCCACCCUCAAACAAUGAUACCCAGGUAUUAACUUUAUGGAUAUAUGAUCCAGAAAAUGCAAUUCCAUCUGAAUUGGAUCACAGUGCAACUUCUCCUUCAGCAAAUUCUAGGAUACUUAGCAAGCACUUUUGGAACUUGGGACAGGAGCCUGUUGUUGAAACCCAUUUGAGAAAUACCAGAUACUUUGCUGAUGAAUUUACAGACUUGGGGCUCUGGAAAAUUAAGGUACCUGCAAAUUCAGAUGACAUCAUAACAAUUAUCCAUGGAAAGGCAAUAGCUUUUCAAGAUUGCUUUGUUCAAGAUACUCCUUACAUACUUUCCAGACCUGAACAGCCAUUUUUUAACAAUGCAAAUGACAUCUCCCUCUCUUCACCAGCUGGUAGUGACAUCUACAUUGUGUGGUCUGCAUGCUUUCCAACAACUGCACUUGUGUUGACAGAUUUUGGAACUUUCCAUACAAAUGAUGGAUUCAGAACUUCUAAAGAAAUAAAAGCUCCAUCACACAUUUUGGCCUCUAACCUUGCUCAAAAUGUAACUGCUGUGGCUUUAGCAGAUGAUGGAAUCUUGUUUUUAAUAAAUGGAAAUAUUUACAAACGAGAGUCUAAUGAUUUCUUUAAACUUGGAACAGACUACGAUCUAUCAGAAGGAGACAUUAUUGGAGUACAGUCAAGGGUUUGGUGUCCAUCUGAAUAUCCAAUGAAGAGUGGGAGAAAAUUAAGUACAACAGCAAUAUGGACAUCAACUGACGUGCACCUUGGAUAUGGUGACAAUGUUUUUAUUAGAAUAACAGAUACAUCAAAGCUACAAAAUAUCCUAGGAUUCCCAGAGGAUGUUUCCUUAUCUCUAGGCACUGUUUCCUAUGACUCAUGCCCAGCUGAAAUUGCUCUAUUGGUGGCCUGCAUUGGGUGCAGCUCCUCUAGGAUGUUUUAUGUAGUGACAUAUAAUGAAGAUAGGUAUAUGUGGGUUCUUAGAAACUUUUUCUUAAGUGCUCCUUCCAAGGGUUUUAUGAAGAUGGAAUUCAUGUAUUCAGCAUUGCCAUCAAUGCUGCUGUGGAACAAGACAUCUAUGUAUUAUAGCUAUAGAAACAACACAGCUUAUGGAUUUCCUCCAGUGCACGAGACAAAUGUUACCCCAGCCGAAUAUACUAAUGGGAGCAGUAUUCACCAAAUUGUAAUAGAUUAUUCUGGAAACAUCGUGAUCAAGAUGCAAAAUAAUAUCAUGUUUUUUUUUAAAUUUGACUUAAUAGAUGUUAUACUGCUCCCUAGAUGGGAAAAUGAAAGUAAAAACACAGUCCUUUACUUGAAUCCAUCUGGUAACCUUUACAUUGUGGUCAUCAAUAGUUCUGGUAUACAUCGCCAGAAUUAUCCCUUGAAAAUGGAAGUACAUGGUACCUCUUACAGCCUUUUUGAUGAAUGCCCAUAUCUAGCAUUUCAUCACAACAUAGAUUUAAAUGUCUAUUAUCUGGACAAAGGAGAUGAAGUGACAUUUUGGGCACAAAUAUUAUUUCAGGAGAAUCUGGGCUUAUUUGUAGAUGUGAGAAUCCACAGGCCAGAACUAUUGGAACAGGCGACACAUGUUCAGUAUGAAAUCGCUCAUGAAAUCUGUACUAAAAACCAGACAAUUAAAUUUUAUCAAAAUGUUGACUAUAGUGAAUCACUUGAUUAUAUGAAGACAGUACAUGAAACCACUGGUGUCAUGACAGUUGAAGUGCAACCUAGUAUGACUGGAAAAGCAUGUUCAACAGUCAGAAAGCUAUCUUAUUUAUUUGUUGGGUGUCCUCCAUCAAGACAUAUUGUCAUUCAAACACCUCCAGGUAUAACCUGUAUCAAACAUAAUUUUACUUCUUACAAAUUACCUGGGAAUUUUUUAUGGCACUCAUCACCUAAAGAUACAGUGACAGAUUAUGAUUGGGAUAAAUAUGGCUGUCUAAUGGAGGUUUACUAUAGAGAUCCUUUUCGCCCUGAAAUUGCUUUAUAUGAUGGCAACACAUUUGUUAAAAUGGUUGAGGCAAAUUAUAUUUUAUGGGAGAUUAAAGGUAGAACUGACUUUGGAUACAACUCAUCUAUGGGAGAUGUAGGCUGUUCACGUGAAGCACAGAAUUGGUUUUCACUGCUUGAGAACCAUAAAAAUCAAGAAAUUGAAUUAGAUGAUAUUUGGGGGCCACAGAAUUAUAACUCCUGUUUUGAGUUCUCACAUGAAAACCUGCAAGACCUAUCUCAGCAGUAUCACAUUUUAAACCGCUCUGGUUCAAAUUCGCUCAUUUGGAACAUGGAACAGUCUGGCAUUUAUGUGUUCAAAGUGAAGAUACUGGAUCCAAACUUCAGUUUUUGUGACUUGAAAACAUUCUUUGCAGUCCAUACAUAUGGCAUAGUAGAAAGUCCUGACAUUGCCAAGACCAUUAUGUUUUCAAUCUUUGUACUGUCCCUGUUUUUGGGUAUACUUGUCUUAAGCUACUUCAAAUAUGCAAGGAUUUUUCAGACACUCAGAUACGUUGAUCCACUGCCAUUCCCUUCCUUGCAAAAUCAUACAAAAGAGUCAUCACAGGGCUUAAAGAAGGACCAAUAACCUAUUUACUUACUGUAUAGGUGGCAUUCUAUAUAUAGAAAUUAUAAGAACACUGUAAUGUUUAAAAUAAUUUAAGUAUGGUUGGAUUAAGUGUUGUUUUCAUAAGCAGCUUUCCACAUAAUAAAACUAGCAUGGUUAAUAUGUUAUGUUUCCAGUUUGAGGGACAUAAAUUAUGCUCUUAUUCAUUUCUUAAACCCAUCUUUCCCCGGGAGCAUCCAGUAAGCAGUAUCUCCUCUUCACCAAUAUAGGUCAACCAUGUUGCUUUUUUCAAAUAACUCUCAAGACCAGAUCAUCCGCUGGGGUAAAAUGGAGCUGUUCCACUGUGUAAUCCAUUUACACCUUCUGAUUAUCUGGACCUGAGAUUUAAACAAUUCCUUAUAUUUUGAACAGAUGAGACCCUCAUUUAAAAAUAUUUUUCAGAACCUUGGUAGAUAAGACUGCUUUUAAAGUAUUCUGACAACUGUGAUUCUAAUGCCUGUGUAUUGUAUUUUUAUAGCAAAUAGUAGACACAGCUCUGACAAUGUGACCACAAUUUUUGUACAAAAAUAUUGACUGUAAUUUAGAGUCCCGUUAAAACUUGAAAGAACUUAGCUGUUCAAAAAAAUCAUAUAUCUUUCAUCUAAGUGGUAUACUUUGGAAAACUUCAAAAGAGGAUCAAUUCACAUCACCUAUCAAAGCUUAAUAAAUCCAGACACAGCAAACUUUAUAUUUCCAUAAUUAUCCUAACAAGUUAUGUAUGAAGAAUUAUAUUGUUUAAGAAUGCACUAGAUUUUAUAUUCUUGAAGGAAUUUUACUCAUAUAGUUUUUAAUUGGUGCUUAAUAAAUGUUAAUUCAUUCAGUAAAAAUGUAGAGUUGGCAGAAGUUAUCAUCUGUUUUAACAGAUAAACUUACAAGCAUCAAACCUGAUGUAGCAAUUAAAAAUUGUAACUAAUAUUUGAAUACAUUUUCAUAGUUCCACUUGAGGAUAUAUUUCCAUGGCUAGCCAAAGUUUUCUAGUUUUCAAAGUGAGUGAUUUGAAGAGUUUAUAUUGUUCAUUGCAUGUUUUAAUUGGAAUAAUAUGCUUAAUGUUACAAAUCCACAUUCAUAUUUAAUAAAUAAAAAGUUGA